UAAAAAAGUAAUGGAGUCCAUAGUUAUAGGACUCGGACAAGAAGCGGGAAAAGGAAGGAGAAACUGAUAUAAACAAAAUACUCUUCGGCUUCUUUAACAAGCUCUUCCUCAGUUCUCUUCAAUGGCUCGCAACAAGGAAGCGUUGCUUUUGUUGAUCGAUGUGGGUCCCUCAAUGCACAAUGUUCUUCCGGAAAUUGAAAGGGUUUGCUCUACUUUAAUUGAGAAGAAGCUCAUUUAUAGCAAGUAUGAUGAAGUUGGAGUUAUUUUGUUUGGAACUCAAGAUACAAAAAAUGAGCUGACAAAGGAAGUGGGUGGAUAUGAACAUGUGAUGGUUUUACGAAACAUUGGAGUUGUUGAUGGAAAUGUUCUUGAAGUUUUACAGCCACUCCCGAGAGGAACCUUUCCUGGAGAUUUUCUUGAUGCUAUAAUUGUUGGGAUGGAUAUGUUGAUUAAGAAGUAUGGACCAACAAAUAUGGGAAAGAAACGCCUUUGUUUGAUUACAAAUGCACAAUGUCCUACCAAAGAUCCAUAUGAAGGAACCAAAGAAGAUCAGGUAACGAUAAUUGCUGAUCAAAUGACUGCACAAGCAAUGAAAAUGGAGAGUAUAGUUGUAAGGGGAAGGAUCGGUGCAGAAGCAAAUGAGAAAAUAAUGGAUGAGAAUGAUCGUCUACUUAAUAUAUUCUCAAAGAGAACACGUGCAAAAUUGGUGCAUGUUGAGAGUCCAAUCUCGUUGCUUGGCGCACUUAAAACUCGAAAUAUAAAUCCAGUUACAAUCUUCAGGGGUGAUCUUGAAGUUAGCCCCAAAAUGAAGAUUAAGAUAUGGGUUUACAAGAAAACAACAGAAGAGAAGAUUCCAACUUUAAAGAAAUAUUCUGAUAGAGCCCCUCCAACUGAUAAAUUUGCCACACACGAGGUCAAGGUAGAUUAUCAGUACAAACGUGUUGAAGAUCCUAAUAAAUUUGUUCCUCCAGAACAACGGAUAAAAGGUUAUCGUUAUGGACCUCAAGUUGUUCCUAUCUCAUCUGCUGAAUGGGAUGCUGUCAAGUUCAAACCAGAAAAGAGUGUGAAGCUUCUAGGAUUUACAGAUGCUGAGAACAUUAUGCGGCACUAUUAUAUGAAAGAUGUCAAUAUUUUCAUUCCUGAACCGGGAAAUACAAGGGCCAUUCUUGCUGUUUCUGCCCUAGCAAGAGCUAUGAAAGAAGCUAAUAAGGUAGCAAUUGUACGUUGUGUGUGGAGACAAGGUCAAGGAAGUGUUGUUGUGGGGGUCCUGACACCAAAUAUAUCUGGUCGAGAAAAUAUUCCUGAUUCAUUUUACUUCAACGUGCUUCCUUUUGCUGAGGAUGUCCGAGAAUUUCAGUUCCCCUCUUUCAGCAAUUUCCCAGAUUCGUGGCUGCCAACUGAACAACAACAAGAGGCAGCGGAUAACUUCGUACGGAUGUUUGAUCUUGCACCUCCUGGAAAAGAGGAAGCUCUGCCGCCUGACCUUACACCAAAUCCUGUGCUGGAGCGUUUCUAUCGUUGUCUCGAGGUGAAAUGGAAUAACCCAGAUGCAGCUGUACCUCCACUUGAUGAAACUCUUAGGAAGAUCACUGAAUCCGAUCCAGAACUUCUUUCUCACAAUGAGUCUGUUCUUGAUGAAUUUCGUAGAGCUUUUGAACUCAAAGAAAACCCAAAGCUCAAGGGGUCAUCUAGACAGUUAUUACGAGAAAAACCUUCCGGAUCAAACGGGGGUGAGGAUUGUGCAAUGAUUCAUGUUCAGUCUGCGAAUCGUGAUACUAAUGAAGCUACAUCUUCAAUCAAGAUUGAGAAAGUUGGAGAUAUAACUCCUAUCCAAGAUUUUGAAGCCAUGAUCUCACGAAGGGAUGGUCCAAAUUGGGUUGAUAAAGCCAUUACAGAAAUGAAAAACAAGAUAUUUUACUUAGUGGAGGACUCGUACGACGGCGAUAAUUAUCCUAAAGCGGCAGAAUGUUUAGUAGCCAUUCGGAAGGCUUGUAUCCUUGAGCAAGAACCAAAACAAUUCAAUGAUUUUCUGCGCCAUCUUUGCAAAUUCUGCAAGGAGAAAAAUCUCAGAAGUUUUAAUGAAUUCCUUGCAGCCAAAGAACUCACCUUGAUAUCUAAGUCAGAAGCCCCAGACAGCAGUGAAGUUACCGAAGACGAAGCUAGAAGUUUUGUGGUUAAAUCGGAGCCAAUGUUGGAAUAAAGACUUUUGAGUGGAUCGCUUGCAUCUUCUGUUGAGUUUGUAUCGUCCUCUUUCAUGUUUGGAUUUGGUCUAGGAUCAACAUUAGAGAGCUGCUUGGAUGGCAUUAACCCGAAUUUUGUUAAAAACACGCGGGGAUUAAUCGCAAAUACACUUCGAGGUUCGGGUUCCAGGAUUUGCUUCUGUAUUGGAAGGUCUUUCUGGAAUCACAGGAAUGGCGUUUUCUUUGGGAUAACGCAGAGGAAAUGCAGAUGGCUGAUCUAAGAUACUUGCUUUCGUGGUGUAAAGGUGGGGUUUUAGUUUGUGUUUUGCUGCUAUUUAUUUCAGUGUCUAUUGUAUAUUCUUUUCCUUUUUUGGUCUUUUAUUAAACUGGUUUUA